ACAAUUCUUUUCUUUUCUUCACAGCAUCUCGCAAACGUCUUGUUACAGGCUUGAGCUGGCUCUCACCCGCCAGCCUGCUCAUCUACUCAAUUUUCCGAUACGAUUCGCCUCUUAACGACUUUGACGACUACAAAAAUGGAGUCUGCGACUUCCACUGCCUCGGCGACGGCGAGCGCCAGGACUGCCCUGGCCUCCUCCCACACAUCUUCCUCUACAAAUUCCUCCUCUUUGGUUUCGAGCACUGGCUCAAUGACCUCCACGGCUACCACCAGUGACGCAUCUUCCACCGCCUCCUCUACCGACACCUCCCUUCUAUCCCCUUCCUCCCUCGCUUCUCUCGCCGAAUCAUUCCCCACCUACCUCGCUAUCGGCGGUGCCAUCCUAGGGCUCGUGAUUGUCGUUUGUCUUGUUUCUUGGCUCUUUAACAAAAAGAGGAGGCAGUCGAGGUUCAAAUCGCGUUUCGGAAACGACGAAGAUCAGGAGGUGGAGAAGAAUUGGAAAGAGAGCAGGCUUAUGUGGGGCGAAGUAAAGAAGGGGGAGAGGAUAUGGGAUCCGGAGACAGGGAUGGGGAUAGUGGUGGGUGAUGAGGACCUCGAAGCCUCGAGAAGGAAGAAGCAUAGGAUCACUCUAGAGGAUGCGAGAGUUACGGGUGAGGAGGGUCACGAGCCGCAAGGCAGUGUAUACGAAGCGUGCCCGCCUUUGCCACCUGUCACGUCGCGCCCGACCAUGCGCCUUCUCUCGACCCCCUCUUCUCCCUCAUCUGAGAUUGACAUAUCUGAAGCAAGAGGUCAUUUCCCAACUUCCAUCGAGGUUCAGAGCAUACAUAGCUAUGUCUACAACACGCCAGAACCAAGCCCAUCGGCUAGUCCGGUGUUGGGGCCUGUAACGGAGAGAGAGGAAGAAGAAGGGCUUAUAAAGCACAGGCGGUAAUGGCUUGAUGAAUGAUCUUACGAAGUGUAGAGUGAUACGUAAACGAACUAUCCUGGCUUAUCAAUAAUUUGGCAUAUGUAUAUCACGAUUGUAAUCUGUAGUGCCCAAGACGUUUCAGUUCAAAGUCACCUAAACUGUCAGCACAUCACCCAUCCAUCGCCCUCGUACGAACCCUCCAUCCGUCCACGCACGGCUCCUCCCCUCACCUUCCCAGGACCACCCGUACCUGAAUUUUCUCUCUCGACCCCCAUCUUCCGACAGGCUAUAAUCUUCCCACGCCGGAAAGUACUCGUCCCGGUCUUCGUCGAAGACGAGCAACGGCAUGACUUCGUCUCGCCAUAUGUCAGCCAGGCAGCUAUCUUCACUCUUCUUCCACUCCUCCUCCGUCGUCGAUGAACCGCUGGUUUCCGGGCCAGGCGAGAAUGAACAUUCGGGUUUUCGGGAAGGAGCCGGCCACGGGAGAGGGAUGGUGCUGUGGGACCCAAGACCCAAGACCGUGGGGGGAUGGAACAGAUGGGGGUAAGAGGCGAGGCCGAGGGAAGAGAGAGGGCGCAGGUGAUAUGGUUUGAGGGCAGGAUUGGGGAGGGAUAGAGUACAUGCGAUUUCGGGGGCGAAUCAUCGGAGUAUGAAGUAGGAUCGAGAGUGCUGAUGGGGUCGAGUCCUCGGUAGAUCUGGUGAGAUUUGCCAUGUGUACGUAUCUUCAGUGCUUUCUGGGUUAAACGAUGAGGGUGACGGUAGCUUUGCAGAAACGAUAGUGGCAAAGCAGAAACGUUGUUUCCUUCAAGCUCGACUGUCAGAGAUCUCACAUUACACAGUGAAAGU